GGUGGUCUGGAGGGUUGCUGGAGAAACUCGUGACCUUUCACCUCACCUUCUUUCAAGGGUCACACCUGUAUUUACGUCACGUGUUCGAAGCGUUAUCACCUGAACAGGUAAACAGCUGUGUGACAGCUGAUGCGUAGAUGCGUCCAAUCAGAGAUGUCCACAGGUUCCACCUUAAAGGUCAGACACGUUCCUGAGCGGACCUGAACACAGAACCAGAGCGGAACCACAGCAGAACCAGAGCAGAACCACAGCAGAACCAGAGCGGAACCACAGCAGAACCACAGCAGAACCAGAGCGGAACCAGAGCAGAACCACGGCAGAACCAGAGCGGAACCACAGCAGAACCACAGCAGAACCAGGUGAGACCCGGUCCGACUGACGACAUGAAUUUCUCUGAAGCCAGAGCGGAAGUGAUGCAGCUGCUGAACAGAGUGGACCCGCGUGACCUCCAAAAAGUGCUGAACUGGAUCCGAACCUCAGAUCAGCUGGACGAGCUGCUGUCUGACAACAGGAAGGUGAUUCUGCAGAACAUCUCAGAACACCUGAGAGUCCGACUGCCCCCAGAGGCCAUGCUCCCCUCAGAGACUACUGCAUACAGCAAGAUGCAGCAGCGCAUUCGGCCCACGCUCCACGUCGACGGCUUCCUGUAUGAUGAAGAUCAGGUGGACGCUCUGUGUGAGGAGGGAACCAUGAGCCGAUCGUACUGUCUGUCCUGCGGGUCGUACAGAACUGCACCUCUGGACUUCCUGUCUCACUCGUUCUCCGUGUCAGAACUUCAGUUUCUGUUUGAGAACGUUCUUCCUGACCUGAGCGGGCGGACGCUGGUGGACGUGGGCUCCAGGCUGGGAGCGGUCCUGUAUGGGGGUCAUGUGUUCAGCUCGGCCUCUCGGCUCGUUGGUUUGGAGAUUAAUGAAGAGUUUGUUAAACUGCAGCAAGAAGUUCUGAACAAAUACAAGAUGACGGACAGAACCCAGGUCCUCCACACUGAUGUCUGUCUGCAGAACAUUCUGCUCCAGAACGCUGACGUUCUCAUCAUGAACAACGUCUUUGAGUUCUUCAUGGAGCCCAGUGAGCAAGUCGGAGCGUGGAGGUUCAUCAUGGAGAACUUCAGGAAGAAAGGUGCUCUGCUGGUCACAGUUCCCGCUCUGGAGGACAGUCUGAAUGCUCUGCAGCAGGGGGCACUGCAACCCGGUUGGGUUGAGGAACUUCCUGUGGACUACGAUGUUUACCUGGGCAGAGACGUGGACCCUGAAGCACUCAGACAGAUCCACCUGUACAGGGUCAUCUGAUCUGGACUGGUCUGAUCUUGAUUGGAUUGGACUGGACUGGUCUGGUCUGGUCUGAUCUGGUUCAUGAACUUGUCAGGGCUGAGUUAAAGGUUGAAGUUCAGAUGGAUGGUCAAAAGUUCUGAACCGUUUGGAUUGUUCUACAGUUUCCAGCUCUGGACCAGAUCGUGGUCGCUGUGAUGUCACUCUGGUCAUGUCGUCAUGUUAAUCUGUUUUGUGUUGCCCAUCUUAAACCGGUCCAAACCAGCUCAAACUGGUUGUUUUUAUAAUAAAGAGAUGAAGAACUGA